AUGUCCGACCUCCAAGCCCUAUUCCGCAGCGCCAUCCGCCCUCUCCCCCCAAUAACAGACCCAUCCUUCAGUCCCAACUUCGACUCUUACGCCUCAAACCGCCUCAUCCUCCUCGGCGACGGCAGCCACGGCACAUCCGAAUUCUACUCCGCACGCGCUGAGAUCACAAAACGCCUCAUAGCAACCCACGGCUACACCGUCAUCGCCCUCGAAGCCGACUGGCCCGACGCCGAAGCCCUAGACCGAUACGUGCGGCAAAGACCCGGCCCAAAGGCCAAGAUCAGCGCAGGCCACAGCGAUCGCACCGAGGAAGGCGAGGCGUUCCAGCGUUUCCCGACGUGGAUGUGGCGCAAUGCCGAGAUGCAGGAACUCGUCGAGUGGGUGCGGAACUGGAAUUCCGGACGGGAGAUGAAGGAUCGGGUAGGCUUCUACGGGAUGGACCUGUAUAGCCUGGGGGCCUCGAUGAAGGCGAUUAUCGGGUACUUGGAGCAUGUGGACCCUGCGAUGGCGAAGGAGGCGAGGAGGCGGUAUGGGUGUCUUGAGCCGUAUGCAGCGGAGCCGCAGGAGUAUGGGCUUGAUGCGCUGCGGGGCAUGAAGGACUGCGAGGGGAAAGUUGUGGGCAUGUUAAGGGAUUUGCUGGCGAAGAGGCUGGAGUAUGCGGAGCGACCGGGGAAUGGGGAGGAGUUCCACAGCAGCGAGCAGAAUGCGUAUGUGGUGCGUGAUGCGGAGAGGUACUACAAGGCCAUGUACUACUCGAGUGCAGGCAGUUGGACGCUGCGGGACUCGCAUAUGGUUGAUACGUUGAAGAGGCUGAUGCGGCAUAAGCCGGCGGGCAGCAAGGCCGUUGUUUGGGCGCACAACUCGCACUGUGGGGAUGCGCGGCAUACGGCGAUGGGGAUCCGGAGGAAAGAAGUGAAUAUUGGGCAGCUUUGCCGGGAAACGUUUGGGGAGGAGAAUGUGGCGCUUUUGGGGUGUGGAACGCAUACGGGGACUGUUGCGGCGGCGGCGGGGUGGGGGGACGAUAUGCAGGUUAUGAGUAUAAAGCCGUCGAUGAGAGAGAGCUGGGAGAGAGUGGCCCAUGAUACAGGAGUCGAGAGCUUCCUGCUGGAUCUGAGACAGGACAAGAUGCCUCGCGAGGUCCGGGAUGCGCUGGCGGAGGAGUAUAGGAGGCUGCAGAGGUUCAUUGGCGUCAUCUACCGGCCUGAUACCGAGCGCGUCUCGCACUAUUCAGCGGCCGAUUUGGUGAACCAGUUUGAUGGGUACAUCUGGUUUGAUACCACGCAUGCUGUGAAGCCACUGGAGACUGUGCAGCCAAAGACGCCGCUGGGCAAGGAAGAAACUUAUCCUUUCGGAUUGUAA